CAAUGUGGGCGAGGUGGUUGUUAGAGCGAUGAAAUACUUAGAGGGCCGUGGCAUUCUGAGGUGUUCUACCGCAACGUUCGCGGUAAGAAGAAAAAAAGUAUGGUACCUGCUUCUGUACCUCGUCUCCUGCGUCGUUUUCUGCCUAAUCCCGCUACUCGGCAGUCGUGAUUUGGAGCAAUGUUUGCCGAAGAGAACUGCGAAAACACGACGGGUCCAGGGAGACGAGGCGUUAUUUCUAACGCGCGUCAAUAACGAUGGUCCCUUGUGCGGAUAUCUGUAUCCUCGUUCGCAAAUCCGGUGGCAGACCAUCGACAAGCCUCCCAACAGCCAGAGCUGCAGGAAACUACGCCCAUAAAGCGCUAACAGGAACACUCUUGUGCUCUAAAUUCAGCUUAUGGUGGCUGAAACAAGCAAUUUACUAAUUUUGCCUUCUACAAUCACAACGAAAUUGCGCGAUAUGAAGUCUCACAGAAAUAACUGCUACAGAGGCUGUUCACGAAGCUGUCUGCUCCGCGAUUAUAGCACCUCUCUUGCGCUCAGCGCCCUCUCGCGCCAUCAUGAGUCUCUGAGGGAGCCCAUAUACAGCAACUAUGUUACACCAUAGUCUCAUCCCACUACCUGAACGUGACGCGCUUGUUGUAGACGUGUGGCGGCGUGCUCGGUAUGAUUUUAAAAUGCCCGUCAAGCACAAAGACGUUUGUGGCGUGUUACGUGGCCGGUGCAAUGAGCUCCAAUGCGAUUGCAAGCAAUAUAUGGUGGUGUGCGCCUUCGACGAUGCCGAGGUUCGCAUUCGAUGCGACUAUUGUGACCACAGUCCCAGCGCCCACAACAGGAUUGCUUAUCUCGAGUGUUUUCAUACGGGGGCUUUCUCUGCAAAGAAAAAUGCAGCGGCACCAACAGAAAAGAAGUAAUACUGCUCUCUUGGAGGAAUCCAGGCCAGAACUAACAAAAGAGGUGGCAUUGGCAGAGUUGCAGCUUUGUGCUGAGCUCCAACUGCGCUUUGGCUUCACUGUGGAUGAAGCGGAACAACGGCUAAAAAAGGCGGCACAAGUUUUCUCAGAGAAGGAAGGAAGGGAAACUUCAUUUUUAGAGCUCUGGAAGCACUUGCAAGGUUCGUCAGAGCACUCACUGAUCAUUGAGGCUGCUCUACCGACAGAAAUAAAAAUUGCUGCACCACAUGUAUACCUAUACAAGGACCAAGCUUGGGUAUAUGGAGGCAGCAAGGAAGAAAUAAUUCACCUGAAGGAACUGAACAUUGAGCGUGCCGUCGUCAUAUGCUUUCUCAUAUACUAUCUGAAAAACCUCAUGUACCCGUCUGCUUUUUCGCAGACCCUGAAUAUGGUUGAAAAACUUUUUUAAGACCUCAAGAACCUAUCUCACGUGGGGUUAUUUUAAACCGAUUGAAGUGUUUCUUGGCGCUUUUGAAGAAAAAGAAAGUCUGAUCACUAUAUAUGCAAUUGGUUGGUCAAACUUUAUUGCCAAAUAUUAUUUGGGCAGAUGUUUGGAAGUCCUCAUAUAAAUAUUUUUCCAAGAAAAGCUUUUCAGUUACGUAUAGCUGAAUUACUGUAUAUUUUUGAAUUUUAAAUAAAGUGCUUCAUGCUUUUUAUUCCUCUGA